AUGGCUGUUGUUGAGGCUGCAAUUCAGACAGAAGGAGUGGGUAGAUUCGAAUAUCAGGAUGGUACCGUCUAUGAAGGACAAUGGAAAUUGAUAGAAGGUAAGAAAGUGAAACAUGGUAAGGGAAGGAUAGUGAUAGCAAGUUCAUUGUCUACAGACAACGAUUUGAAAGAAGAAUACAAUGGAGAAUUCGAGAAUGAUUAAAUGUGUGGAGAAGGUGUCUACAUAUACAAAUCAGGUGCAACUUAUAGAGGACAGUUUCGAGAUAAUCGACACAAUGGCAUUGGAUUUUAUCAAUUUCCCGAAGGUUGUACAUAUGAAGGUGAAUGGGUAAAUCAUAAAAUGCAUGGAGAAGGAGUGUUUAUUGAUAAGGAAGGCAAUAGAUGGGAAGGAGAAUUUGUGGAAGGAAUUUAUCAAUCGAAAAUGCAGAAAUAACUGAAGAUGGAGAAGAUGCUAAACAAGAAAGAAGCAGAAGUCAGGGAAAAUGCAUCCCAUUUCUUCACUCGUUUUGUAGAUGCAUAUGCACAUUCAGAUAAGAAAACCAUGAAGGAUAAUAUGACUCCAUUCUUUGCAACAACUGAGGAUAUUAAAUUAUAUGUAAAGGAACCUUAUCCACAAUUUGCAGAUCGUCCUCCUGAAAAGUGGGAAGCUGGAAUCAAAUUCUUAUCUGCAGGUUCUUUGAACAUACCUCGAUCUAAUACUGCUGCUAAGAUUCUGGAUCCUCAAAACAUUUUGGCUGCUUAAUUCAGUGGAGUAGGUCAAGUGGCUGAAGUAUAAGUGCAAGAAAACACAAGAAUUGUUAGAUUGGCCAUUUGUAAUACUGCUGAAGACAAAUGGGUUAUUGUAUUCUAUCAUGACAAUGAGGAACAAGAGAUUAAGAAAAAGAAGUGA